AUGGCUAAAGCUUAUGAUUAUCUAUUCAAAUUACUUUUAAUUGGUGAUAGUGGUGUUGGAAAGACUUGUGUGCUAUUACGUUUCUGUGAUUCAGCAUUUAGCACCACUUUUAUUUCUACAAUAGGAAUUGAUUUUAAAAUUCGUACAAUUGAUCUUGAUGGACGAAAAAUUAAAUUACAGAUAUGGGAUACUGCUGGUCAAGAACGAUUUAAAACUAUUACAACAGCUUAUUAUCGCGGAGCAAUGGGAAUUAUGUUAGUAUAUGAUAUAACAAGUGAAAAAAGUUUUGAUAAUAUUAAAAAUUGGAUUCGAAAUAUAGAAGAACAUGCGUCAGCUGAAGUUGAACGAAUGUUAAUAGGAAAUAAAUGUGACAUGCAAGAAAGACGACAAGUAUCUAGAGAAAAGGGUGAAAAUCUCGCUAAUGAAUAUGGUAUUAAAUUUAUGGAAACUAGUGCUAAAGGAAAUAUUAACGUUGAAGAAUCCUUUCUUUCCCUUGCCAAAGAUAUCAAAAGCAAAGUUGAUAAAAAAGCUGGUUCUGAUCAAUCUAGCAAAUCAUCAGUAAUUAAACCCAAAAAAGAAACAAAUAAAAAACCUGACACAUCAUUCUGGUCUCGUUGUUCAUUAUUUUAA